AAUGGACGAGAUCACUAGCGGCUUAUUUAUUGGAGAUGCAUACUCUGCGAUGAAUUACUUUAACCUGCAGUCAAAGAAUGUAUCGCACAUCCUCUCCAUGGCUGGAGAGGUCGAGAACAAGUUCUCUGACUCUUUUGAGUACCUACAUGUGAGGAUUACUGAUACGGUAGAUGAAGACAUUUUGAGCUUCCUACCACAAGCCGUCAGGUUUAUAGAUAAAGCCCUCACUGAAGGCACUGGUAUUUUGGUCCACUGACAACAAGGGAUCUCAAGAAGCGCAUCUGCGAUUAUAGCAUAUUUGAUGUUCAAAAAGCGAAAACCGUAUAAGACUAUUCUUAAAAGAGUUUGCAACAAGAGACCAAUAGUCAAACCUAAUUCAGGGUUUGUACAACAACUCAAAGAGUUUGAGCAAAAGCUUCUUGAGUGAGACUAUGACUUGGAUAAUAUUGACAUCACUGUUGAGGAGUGAAAAUUAGAGGAAGUGAAACAUUCUGAACCUGAUGCAACUCCAAAAGACGAUUUUAAAUAUAAAUUAGAUAAGCUAACCAAGACUGAGAGUAAUAAACCAAGCGGUGCCUUAGAUUUCCUUGAUAAUGUGAAGCUUGAUGAUCAUGAAGACAGUCAUUUCAAAUUUGCUGGUAUAGAUGAUAUCUUGAAAUAA